AUGUGGGCCGUCGUGGCGAGCCUCUGGCUGGGCGUCUUCCGGGCCACGGCCGGCCUGCCGGGCUCCCCCUGCGAGCCGGUGCGCAUCCCCAUGUGCCGCCACAUGCCCUGGAACGCCACCCGCAUGCCCAACCACCUGCACCACAGCACGCAGGAGAACGCCGUGCUGGCCAUCGAGCAGUACCAGGAGCUGGUGGAGGCCGCCUGCAGCCCGGUGCUGGCCUUCUUCCUCUGCGCCAUGUACGCGCCCAUCUGCGCCGUCGAGUUCCUCCACGACCCCAUCCGGCCCUGCAAGUCGCUCUGCCAGCGGGCCCGCGACGGCUGCGAGCCCCUCAUGCGCCGCUACAACCACAGCUGGCCCGAGGCCCUGGCCUGCCACGACCUGCCCGUCUACGACCGCGGCGUCUGCAUCGCCCCCGAGGCCAUCGUCACCGAUCUGCCCGAAGAGGACGUGAAGUGGAUUGACUUAUCUGACGACGUGAUGGUCCAGGAGAGACCCCCGCCCGUCGAGUGCAAGCAGGUCAGCCCCGGUCGCUGCAAAUGUAGGAAGAUCAAGCCCACGCUGGCCACGUACCUAAUCAAAAACUACAGCUAUGUUCUUCGUGCGAAAGCCAAGAGCUUCGAGAGAGGCAGCUGUAACGAAAUCAUCACAACUGUCGAAGUGAUAGAUGUACUCAAAUCUUCAACUCCAAUUCCCCGUUCUCAAGUCCACCUGUACACGAAUUCAUCCUGCCGGUGCCCGCCUCUUGCACCUAAUCAAGACGUCCUCAUUAUGUGUUAUGAGUGGCGCUCAAGGUUGAUGCUUCUGGACGGGUGCUCAGUUGAAAAGUGGAAAGACCCCUUGAGCAAAAGAUUUAAGAGGUGGGAGCAGCGACUCCAAGAACUCAAGUUGCGAGCAGCCCAGAACAAAAACCAAAAUGCAAGAAACUUUGGCCGCAGCGGGGUACCCAAGCAAAACCCAAAGAACACCAGCCCAGUGCUUGCUGGUCCUAAGAAGACCAAUCCACCGAGGCGUGACCAGAAAGAAGUCAAUACCAGAAAAAUAUGA